AUGAAGCGCAAGCCAUGGCAUGGGGAUGCUGGUUACAAGUUGAAAUUGCCCGAGAGAGUGGAAGUUAAUUCAACUUUCCAUGUUAGUUUCCUUAAGAAGUUUCACGAGGAUGUCGCUGAAUCUUCAAGGAGCCAAGUGAAGAGAGCUCCGUGGGUUGUGAGGAAACAGUUUGAUGAUCAGAUUAGGGAAAUUCUAGAUCAUAGGACAUUUGGGCAAAGCAAAAGAAUAGGAGAACAGAGUUCCUUAUUCAAUGGAAUGACAAGCCAGUCACAGAGGCUACUUGGGAGAGAGUUUCACGAAGAUGUCGCUGAAUCUUCAAGGAGCCAAGCGAAGAGAGCUCCGCCGGUUGUGAGGAAACAGUUCGAUGAUCAGAUUGGGGAGAUUCUGGAUCAUAGGACACUGGGGCAAAGCAAAAAGAAUAGGAGAACAGAGUUCCUUAUUCAAUGGAAAGACAAGCCAGUUUCAAAAGCUACUUGGGAAAGAGAUACAACCUUGUGGCAGUUUGAAGAGCAAAUAGAGGAUUAUUUGCGGGCCCUACCAACGAGGACGUUGGCUCCUUCUGGUGGGAGUGUUUGCAGCAGCAGCAGAAGAAGAAAACUCAAAUUAAGUAGGGAAUUAAGAAGGAUGAAGAAAGUGAGUUGUGUAUUAGUUAUGUUGAUAACAAUGAUGAUGAUGAUAAAUGGGUGUUGGUGUCUGGAGCGUACCCAUUUUCCUUCAUCUUUUCUCUUUGGGACUGCCACUUCUUCUUAUCAGAUUGAAGGAGCAUAUUUGGAAGACAACAAAGGCCUCAGCAAUUGGGAUGUAUUCACCCACAUAUCUCCUGGAGAAAUCAAGGAUGGAAGCAAUGGAGACACAGCUGAUAAUCACUAUCAUCUAUUUUUGGAGGACAUAGAGCUGAUGCAUUCCCUUGGAGUAAAUUCAUAUAGAUUCUCAAUUUCAUGGGUCAGAAUACUACCCAAGGGUAGGUUUGGAGAGAUCAAUCCAGAAGGGAUUGCAUUUUAUAAUAAACUUAUUGAUGAUCUUUUGCUUAAAGGAAUAGAACCAUUUGUUACAUUGCAUCAUUACGAUGUUCCUCAAGAGUUGGAAGAUCGAUACGGUGCUUGGUUAAGUCCUCAAAUGCAGGAUGAUUUCGGCUACUUUGCAGAUAUUUGCUUCGAGGCAUUUGGGGACAGAGUAAAACAUUGGAUUACACUCAAUGAACCAAACAUGGUGGCUCAAUAUGGCUACUACAGUGGAAUAUGGCCACCGAGCCGAUGCUCUUUCCCUGCUGGAAACUGCACCACUGGUGACUCUAAAUUAGAACCCUACAUUGCUGCUCAUAAUAUGGUACUAGCGCAUGCCACAGCAACUGAAAUUUACAGAAAAAAGUACCAGGAAAAACAAGGAGGGAAGAUUGGCAUUGUGUUGCAUAUCUAUUGGUAUGAACCAUUAAGAGACAUUCCGGUUGAUCGUGUAGCUGCUCAACGAGCUCUAGGUUUCAAUGCUGCUUGGUUUAUGGAUCCCAUUAUGUAUGGAGAGUACCCACCAGAGAUGCAACAGAUUGUAGGUCUAAGACUGCCAGCAUUUUCAGAGGAGGACAAGAGGAAGCUAGCAAAUAAACUGGAUUUCAUUGGAAUCAAUCAUUAUAGCACUCUCUAUGCAAAGGAUUGUCUGCUUUCACCAUGCAAUUAUUAUGAUGAUUUGCUCAAAGAUACCUUUACUUAUGGAACUGGAGAGAAAAAUGGAGUUCUUAUAGGAGAGCCAACAGCAAUGCCUACGUUUUAUGUUGUUCCAAACAGUAUGGAGAAGACAAUCAUGUACUUCAAAGACAGAUACAACAACACGCCCAUGUUCAUCACAGAGAACGGAUAUGCACAACCCAGCAGUAGAAACAUCGGAGAUAUGCUCAAUGAUACGAACCGGGUGGAGUACAUGGAGGGUUACCUCACUUCUCUAGUUUCUGCAAUGAGGAACGGUGCAGAUGUGAGGGGCUACUUCCAUUGGUCUUUGAUAGAUAACUUUGAGUGGAGAUAUGGAUAUACCAUAAGCUUCGGGUUGGUUCAUGUAGAUCGUACAACAAUGAAGAGAACGCCAAAAAUAUCAGCUAAAUGGUUCCAGAAUUUCCUGAAAAAUGAAGCUCUCCAUGCCCAAGACUAGUAACUCAACAUUGUGCAUUUGUAAUC